ACUGCGCUGGAUGAGAGUCGCAUCGUUUCUCGACAAGCAUUUAGGAUAUUUAUUGAGCUGCAGUUUAUAUACUACAUUUGGAAGUUUCUGUCCAUUUCCGACACAUUUCAGACUUUGUAUAUUUUUUUUUGUAUAUAUAUAUUUUAUAUUUUUUUAUGUCUUACAAUUCCGAAUGAUGGAUUGAUUGUUGGAUUUUACACAUCGUGAACGGGGUUUUUUCUGUGAUGAUUUGUCGAGGAAACACAAUGUACAGCUUCUGAUGAGAACAAAAUCUUGAAGUUUGAAGAGAUGAGCAGAAGUGGAAGAGAGUGACAGCACACUUCACUAAUGAGAAUCAAUUCAAAGGAAAGAAAAUGUACUAAUGGUUUGAAUGAGCGACUGAUACAUCUGCUGAACACGAUCACACUCAAGAAUGCGUAUUAAAUACACAGUUUCUGUCAUCUUUAUCGUGGCUCUGGUCAUCAUAGAAAAGGAAAACAACAUUAUUUCAAAGGUGUCUGAUAAACUGACCCUAAAGCUGACCCCUCUGACCCCUGUGCUGCUGCCCAGCGCAUCUAUGUUCACCUUUCAGGAGCACAAUGUGUCUGUGUCCAUUUUCAGUCAGAUGGACAUGUUGCCCUAUGAACACGUGAAACCUCAUCUGAAGAACUUCAAUCAGUUCAGCCGGGAAAGUGUGUCACCCACGUCUACCUCAGGAGGAUGUAAACACAUCCUGCUAUUAGCUACGACUCGCACCGGUUCCUCGUUUGUGGGCGAAUUCUUUAACCAGCAGGGAUCAAAUAUGUUUUACCUGUUUGAGCCACUGUGGCAUGUGGAACGCAUGUUAACGGUUGAGACGGGAGGGACAAAUGCUUCAGUGGCGGGGCCGGCGUAUCGUGAUGUUCUGCGUCAGCUGUUCCUCUGUGACUUUUCCCUGCUCGAGCGCUUCAUCGAACCACCGCCGCAGCAUCAUGUCACCGCCUCGCUCUUCCGACGCGAAUCUAGCCUAUCACUUUGCGAAGAUCCAGUCUGCACGCCGUUUGUUAAAAAAGUAUUUGAGCGCUACCACUGUCGCACGCGCCGCUGUGGGCCACUCAAUCUGACACUUGCAUCUCAGUCCUGUGCGCAGAAGCAGCAUCGCGCGAUCAAGUCCGUCCGUGUGCGGCAGUUAGAGACGCUGCGGCCAUUGGCUGAAGACCCCCGACUGGACAUGAAAUUCAUCCAGCUGGUCAGAGAUCCUCGUGCUGUGCUCGCCUCGCGUAUGGUCGCCUUUUCUAGCAAGUACAAGAACUGGAAAAGGUGGGCCAUGGACGGAGAUGUUCCAGUGGAGGAUGAUGAAGUGAGGAAGCUCAGAGGAAACUGCGAUAACAUACGCAUGUCUGCUGAGAUCGGACUGAAGCAGCCAGCGUGGCUUCAAGGGCGCUACCUGCUAGUACGCUACGAGGACAUAGCACGAUUCCCCAUGCGCAAAGCUGCUGAGAUGUAUGAAUUCACAGGCAUUCCCUUCACUGCGAAGGUGGAAAAGUGGAUCUUAAAAAAUACUCAGGCAUCAAAGGAAGUGAGUGGAGUUUAUUCCACUCAGAAAAACUCAUCUGAACAGGUGGAGAAAUGGAGGUUUAGCAUUCCUUUCAAACUGGUUCAACUGGUGGAGAAAGUUUGCGGUCCCACCAUGACUCUGUUUGGAUACAAGUUUGCAGCGAACGAAGAGAUGUUGACUGAUAAAUCAAUAAGUUUGAUUGAAGAGAAAACAUUCUUAUGAUUAUAAACUGACUUUAUGAAAAAGCAUACAUAUACAUUUUGAAAGAAUGCUGAGAUUGUAACAUGACUGAAACAUUAUUUUAAAGACUGUAAAAUCUUCCAUUGCUUGAAAAGCAGAUAUUAAUUGUUGUCUUGAGAGGUGGCCAGUAAGUCAAUAUUGAUGUCCCAAAGUUAAUUUCCUUUGAGAAAAAAUAUUUAGUGCAGUUAGUAAAUAUAAUGGAUUUGUGAGAUGUGGGAUGGAAGCAGGUGUUUGAAGUAUUUUCAGCUGUGUGUGUGAGUGUGUAUGUGUGUGUGUGUGUGUCUGUUUUGGGGGGAAGUGUCUCCUGUGUUAACAGAUGUUUCUUUUGCUCUGUGUGUUUAGACAUUCUUACUGCAGCUGGUUUGCAGUAAUGUAUAAUCGUAAUUCUUACAUCAGCCUGGUGAGAUAUUAGAAGACCAAAAGAAUUGAAAACAACAUUCAUGCAAUACUUUACCUUACAAAAAUAUUCCUGAUCAAUUGCAUCAUAUCGUCUGUUUUCAAAUGCACACAGAUUUAAAAUACUGAUUUAUAUAAAAAUGGAUCUUUGUCAGAGAAAAGUAAAAAUGUAUAAUUUUCAUGCUAGUUCAAUAUAAGAAGAAUCUGAAAUCUCUUGAUGUCAAAGCAAAUAAUAACCAGAUAGUUUUUCAGAGGGUAUUCAAGUAAUUACAGCAUGAGUGUAUAAAGCCAUAAAAGCUGGAAUUACAAUGAAAUGUGGAAAACUAAUUCAUGUACUAUCCAUGAGCAGAAUCUGUUUAUAGUUGAUCAUUUCCUGAACUGAUUUUUUUAGGAAAAUUUGUGAAAUGUUGUUAAACGGAGCGGAGAGUGGAAAACUACACUCUCAUUGGUAGCUGAAAUACUAAUCAAUUUAAAUACAAAUAUUUAACGAACAUUCAAGAUGUGUAGAUCUUUAUGAAUUAUGAACAUGCAAGAUCUGCAAGGUUCCAUGUGAAGAAAAAGUUUUUCAGUGCUGUUGCUAAAUAUCAAUGGGUAACACUUUACAAUAAGUUUCCAUUUGUUAACAUUAGUUAAUGCA